AUGGACGAGACUCCUCCAACCUCGGCUUCUGCCAUCGCAGCCCCUUCAUCACCCUCUCCCGCCUCCCGCCUCGCCGUCAACUUCAGACUGCUCCUCCUCAUACUGGCCAAGCUGCCUCUCCUGACGCGGGUAGCCAUCCUUCACGCAUUGAGGCUCUCCGAACCGGCCAAAUACGUCGAUCUGCAGUCCAACCUGGUGGUUUCCUUCAUACGCGCCCUCUUGACGCCGUCCACUCCACGGCCAAUCUCUUACGCCCAGAAGCUCACCACGCGCGACACCGAGAUCAGGGGGAGGAUAUGGAUCAGCUCAUACGCCUCGCCGCCGCCUCCAGAGACGGACAUCCGAGACGCGCUGCUCCGAAUCGUUGAGAGCACGAGAUAUCCGCAUCCCAGCGGCAGCGGCAGCAGCAGCAGCGAAAGCACCACCACCACCACCACCACCAGAGUCCCCCAGCUCACCCCCGUCCAAGCCGAAUGGACGGGAUACCGAGCCGCGGCCUCGAAGAGGGAGCCCCUGCCCGCCAUGUCCGAGGCCGACAAGUACCGCGCCAUGAUGAAGGAGUGCCGCGAGCCGACGACGGUGCUCUACUUCCACGGCGGCGCGUACUACCUCUGCGAUCCGGCCACGCACCGCCACGUCGUCAAGAGGCUGGCCAAGCUGACGGGCGGGCGAUGCUAUUCCGUGCGGUACCGCCUGGCGCCGCAGGAUCCGUUUCCGAGCGCGCUGCUCGAUGCGCUCGUCUCGUACUUUACGCUGCUGUAUCCGCCGCCGGAUGCCUACCACGAGGCUGUGAAGCCGUAUCAUGUUGUUUUUGCGGGAGACAGCGCCGGCGGAAACUUGGCCCUCGCCCUCUUGCAGCUCAUCCUUGAGUUGCGCCGUCAAAACACGCGCAUUCAGUGGUACGGCGAGUCACGCACAGUCCCUCUGCCCGCCGGCGUCUCCUGCGCCUCUCCCUGGCUCGACAUCACGCACAGCUCGCCCUCAUGGCAGGGGGAAGACCCUCACCCCUUCGACUACCUGCCCAAGCCGCGGCCCGAUGCCAUGGCCAGGAUCCCGCCGUGCGAUAUAUGGCCGGCAAACCCGCCGCGGAAGCACAUCUACGUCGAUGACGAUAUGGUCGCGCAUCCGCUGGCGACGCUCCUCAUGAGCCGCAGCUGGGAGGGAUCGCCGCCCAUAUGGAUGUGUACGGGCUGGGAGAUUCUCGCGUACGAGGACAAGGCGCUGGCAAUGAAGCUCUUUGCCGAUGGCGUUCCCCUGGUAUUCGAGGAGUACGAGGCGAUGCCGCACGUCUUUGCCCUGCUCUUGUCCCAUGCCCCUGCUUCUCGGCGCUGUUUCGAGAGCUGGGCCAGCUUCAUUCGCCGCUCGGUGCAAGAUCCGACGUCGAUUGAGGCUAGCGCAACGAGCAUCAAGGCUCGGACGCUGGAGGAGACGAGCCUCAAAUUCGAGGAGCUCCUGGAGGACAGUCUGGAGGACGUGCAGGCGUCUGUGGCGAUGAAGGCUGGGCUCAAGACGGAAUGGACGGCGAGGCUGUGA